AUAGGCCAAGCCAAGCUCUGUUGGCAGAGCCAGGAUUAACAAGCAGACAGAAACAGUUUAGUUCAGGGUAGGAGCAACUGUAGAAUACAUUGAGACAAAACAGAAGCUCAGAAAAGAGGUGCUCAGAGAGACAGCAAAAAGGUACAAGGCAGAGGUAGUUGGUUUGAUAGCUUAUUAAUUGCGGACUUUUCAAUGGAGCAGACAGUAAGAGCAGGGAAAUACUAAAUGCAGAACAAAACCGUUAGAUCAGUUUAAUUCAGAAAAGGUGGAGUGUUGCUUGCGCUUCACAAGACAGAAGAGAACAGAGUGUGCUGGCUGCUGGCUUCUUCUUGCCACCUCUCCUGGAUUAUUAUUAUGCAGCACUCCAUGCCGUUGCGCUUCUUCUUGCCACUGCUCCUUACCCUGCUCAGCCAAGCAAGAGCUCAGUUCCCCCGCCAAUGUGCUACGGUUGAUGCCUUGAGAAGUGGCGCGUGUUGUCCGGAUUUUUCUCCAGUGUUCGGGCCUGGUACUGAUCGCUGUGGUUCAUCUUCAGGAAGGGGUCAGUGUGUACCAGUGAUAGCAGACUCACGGCCCCAUGGCCCACAGUACAUGCAUGACGGCCAAGAUGACCGUGAACAGUGGCCCUUACGCUUCUUCAACCGAACCUGCAGCUGCAAUGGUAACUUCUCUGGCUAUGACUGUGGGUCCUGCCGACCUGGCUGGAGUGGAGCUUCCUGUAACCAGCAGAUCCGCACAGUUAGGAGGAACCUUCUGGACCUGAGUGUGAAGGAAAGGAAUGAUUUUGUCAAUGCCUUACACCAAGCCAAGGCUACAAUACAUCCUGAUAUUGUCAUAGCCACCAGGAGACGUGAGGAGAUAUUGGGACCUGAUGGCAAUACACCACAAUUUGAAAAUGUGUCCAUUUAUAACUACUUUGUGUGGUCCCAUUAUUACUCUGUCAGAAAGACUUUCCUUGGUGCAGGGCAGCAAAGUUUUGGAGGAGUGGAUUUCUCUCAUGAAGGACCAGCCUUUCUCACUUGGCAUAGGUAUCAUCUACUGCAACUGGAGAGAGACAUGCAGGGGAUGCUACAGGAUACCUCUUUUGCACUUCCCUACUGGAAUUUUGCUACUGGUGGAAACUCCUGCAAUAUUUGCACAGAUGACUUGAUGGGCGCUCGAAGCAAUUUUGAUGUCUCUCUUAUAAGUCAGAACUCCAUCUUCUCCCAGUGGCGUGUGCUCUGUGAAAACCUAGAAGACUAUGAUACCUUGGGAACCAUUUGUAACAGCACAGAAGGUGGUCCAAUUCGAAGGAAUCCUGCUGGAAAUGUUGCCAGGCCAAUGGUUCAGCGUCUCCCAGAACCACAGGAUGUUGCUCUUUGUUUAGAAGUUGGUUUGUUUGACACUCCUCCUUUCUAUUCCAAUUCAACAGAUAGUUUCCGUAAUACAGUAGAAGGAUACAGUGAUCCUUCAGGGAAGUAUGAUCCGGCAGUUCGCAGCCUUCAUAAUUUGGCUCAUCUGUUUUUGAAUGGAACAGGGGGACAAACUCAUUUAUCUCCAAACGACCCUAUUUUUGUCUUCUUGCACACAUUUACUGACGCUGUUUUUGAUGAAUGGCUGAGGAGACAUAAUCCUGAUAUUUCAAUAUACCCACUGGAGAAUGCCCCUAUUGGACAUAACCGGCAGUAUAACAUGGUGCCAUUCUGGCCCCCAGUUACCAAUAAUGAGAUGUUUGUUACUGCACCAGAAAACCUGGGCUACAGUUAUGACGUUCAAUGGCCAAGCCGGGCUCUGCAGGUCACAGAGAUCAUAACUAUUGCAAUAGUGACUGCAUUGAUUCUGGUUGCAAUUAUUUUUGCUGGUGCUACAUGUAUUGUGCACGCUAGGAAAAACAAGGAUGAAUUGCAUCAGCCUCUUCUCACUGACCAGUAUGAGCGGUAUUCAGAUGAUUAUGAUAGCAUACCAACCCCAAGCCAGUCUGUGGUUUAAAGAGAUGAGUUUUCUUUACCUGCAUCUAACAGAAUCUGUUUCUUCUGCUGUAUUUUAUAAAUGCCAAUAACGGAUCUGCCCUAAAAUAAAGCACAAAAAGUGUCAAUUAUAUUGAUAUAUUUGCUUCAACUCCAAUCUCCUCUUUCAUCACACUGCAGGACCAGUAUAUCACCUCUGAAAUACCAAGUGCUUAUCUUGAUAGACCCUCACUAAUUUCCCAACCCUCACCUUAUAGCCUCCCUUAUCCAUAUUCCUGAAUAAGUGCAGUGAUUUUCUGAAUUGUUCAGUACCAGUAACUGGGAGUAACAACUUGCCUUUCCUGUAUUCUGUGUAGAAGCCUUUUCAUAGGUGUACCUGAAUGAAUGUAGGGCCUGAUUCUGCCAUUCUUAGUCAUAUUGAAUACUAACUUACUCCACAAGUCAACCCCCCUUAGCUGACUGGAG